GUAUGGCCACGGACAGCCGCUAUCGUGGUCGUUUCCCCUUCCCCCAGGCUGCAGUCGGUCUUGCCAGCCGUCUCUGCUCUGCGGGCAUUCAGCGGUCCAAGGAAAUUGCCGAAGGGAGCCAGGACGUUACCCAAGAGACUACCAUCAGCCACACCACUGCCGAGGCCAGCCCGGUCGAAAACGCAACGAUUUUGACAGAUUUUCGUACCGCCAAGAUGCAGCCCCGCGGCUGCACCACGCCGUCUGAGGAUCUCAAUUUCGUUGAGAGUGUGAUUCGGAUGGAGGUCAGUGCUGACCUCGCAUACACACAAGGAGAAGGACAGGAAACGCAGAGAUGUUUGCUGUCAUUGCAAACAAUCGCAGUGUCUCAUCGAGGAUCGGUACGACGCCAUCACCGACGAGCUGCAAGAGGACGAGGACCUCGACGAAAGCAGCCCGGGGCCGCUCAAGAAGGCGGAGAUACCCACCAAGGACGAGGAUUCAGCUGGCACUGAGCCGCCCAAGACGUUGAACAGGGAGCACAAAGACGAGAAGACCAAACGAGAAGUGGAGAGGGAGCGGGCGGAGGUGGAGAGGGAGGAGGUACUUCAGGCGAUGGAAGCCGAUGGUACAAUCGCAUACUUCAAGCAAUUGACUUCUGGAGACCGUCGGUUCAUCCAUAAGGUACGCUUUUGAGUCUUUCAUGUCGGCUGGAUGCACUCAUUCAUGGGAAACGCAGUUGGUUCCUUCAUAAGGUGGUCAAAGGGGAGGGGGGCUGGACGCCACAACGGAGUGACUGGGCCGGUUUGGUCGACGAGCUGGACCUAGUCACAUGGCAGAAGAGGGCCCCGAAGAGCAAGAGGGCCCCUCGAUUGAUUCGCACUCUCAAGGGUGUCGUGGAGCGAGUGGUAAGAAGGCAACUGAUUGUGCGUGCCGGCAAAGACUUAAAUGGAUGCGAGAUUGUGCUGUGUGUCGUGCAGGCUGGUGGGAAGACGAGGAGAAAGGGACAAUGAGCUGGAACACUCACUCCUUUGCCCCUUGGAAAUCUGCAGUACAAGCGACUUGCGCUCCAAAGCUGGCCCUGUCCCCGCAAGGCUGGCAUGUCUGCCCGUAGGGCCAGCCCUACAACCACAGGGCCAGCCCUACAACCACAGGGCCAGCCCUACAACCGCAGGGCUAGCCCUACAACGGC